AUGGGCUUGCUCUUGCCUGGGGCCGUGGUAGUGGCGGACAACGUCCUGAAGCCGGGGUCUCCCCUUUUCCUUUGGCGGCUCUGCAAAGGCGAGUCCUACGACAACCACGUGGUGCGCGUGAGGGAGUUUGCGAUGCCGUCAGACGACUGGAUGUCCGUCAGUGUCCUCAGACAACAGGCUGCCGAGGAGUUUGCCGAGUCCUCCGUGGAUGUGCCAGUGGUGGAGAAGGCCAAAGGUGUCAGCCCCGCUGGCAGCUGGCCCACGGCCCCUGAGGAGCUCAUCCAGCUGCAGUGGGAGUCGGAUCGCAUCCGCGCUCAGGCGACCCGGCCGGGAAGCGGCAGCGUCAGCUUCGACGAGUGGGCGAAGUACGCGACGCACAUGAAG